AUAUGCUUGCCUCCCAAAAGACCGAACAAUUCUUUCUCCAAAUUGAUUACCAGCCCUAAUUGACAAAAAUCAGUGAGCAACGCAUUUCGGACCAAAAUAAAAUAAAAUUGUGAGCUUGUUGCAUUGAGUUCUUUGGCACCUAAGUGAAUUUUGAAUUUUGAAGUCGUUAUAUAUACCCAGGUGCAAAGUUUCACUUACUCCCAUUUACUUACCAGACAGAGAAACAUGUAUGUAUCUUUGAUGACAUAUAUUAUACUAAUGCGUAUACAAAAACCCAAAAUUGAGGUUAUAUUCAAGAUUUCAAGUAAUUCACACCCUUUAAUCAAUUCAGAAUAUUUGUUUAAGCGUUGUGAAGUUCAGUCAAAAACUUAGAAAUGGCUCUUGGUGAGAUGGGAAGUUCAUAAUUUUUGUGGGUUAUUAUUCCUAAUAUAUACUGAAGGGAGUAACUGGUAAAGUUGUUGCUAUUUGAAUCAUAGUCCGGUCCUUCCCCACACCCCGUGCAUAGUGAAAUCUUAGUGCACCGCCCCUUUACCCCAUAAAAAUUCAAAAAUUAUCAUGCAAAAUUGAAAACAAGAAAGGUGACUAAAAUUCUAACUCUACCUCCCAAGGUGGGGUAAAGUCUCCGCAGACUCCACUUUGUGGGAUUUCACUGGAUAUGUUGUUGUAUUAUUCGUAUUUCCUAGAUCCAUUUCAAGAUUUGAAUUUUUUUGGGGGUUUUGCUGAACGUUAUGGUUUGCUUUUAGAAAAAGUCCAUGUGGGAUCAUUAAAAAUUUGCUAUAGUUGAUUGGUUGGUGUGAUUUGAGUGACUUUUCUUUGUUAAUUUUGAACUUUUCUGAAUCACAUUAUUGGAUAUCCACAUUUUAAUAUUUUCUUGACAGUUUACUUGUUUAUUGGACUAAUAAUGAUGAUUCUGCUUUUCAAGAUGGAUACUAAACACGUUUAUGUAUAAUAAAAACAUGAACCUCAUUCACUAUGUAGUUAGUUAAACUUGUGGUCCUAUUAGAAAGUACUAUGAUCUAUAUAUAAUAAAUACAUGAACAUCGUUUGUUCUUGAGCUUGCCUACUGCUCUUGAUUCAAGUAGAUCAGAAUUUUUUUUAUCAGGUGUUUACUCCACUGCAACUUUGUUUUACAUUGUGUUGGAGCAAACUCUUCCCAGUAUACUCACACUAUCGUUGAUUUUUCAUUCGUUAAGUUCAAUAUCAUUCUUUCAUCCUUUUUCGUAAAUUUUUUCCUUUUAUUUUUAUCAUCAAAAUAGAGGUCAAUACAUUAUCUAUAAGACUACAACAACCAACUUUUCGGAAAGUGAACAGAGAAAAAAAGAAAAGAUGAAAUGAAUGACUUGUAAUCUAAAAGGAUCUUCUUGACUAGUAAAAUAAUAUUACUUUAAUAAAGAAGAAGGAUCUGAAAUUAGAAAACAAAAAGUACCAAAGCCAAAUAGUGUUGAUUUUCUUACUUAUAAGUAACAGUUUAUAUGAUCCUGCAAACUACAGUUGGGCAAUCCAGAAAGCUUGUAAUAGUUGAAAACUUUUCCUUUCAAAAAAUAAAAAAAAAUAAAAAAAAUACAAAUGAUACUCCAAGUAGAUAGACCAAUGUGGAAUCCUGUUCCUUCUCUGUAUAUGCUAUUAAGCUUGUCCUUCAAUGUACUUGCCCUUUUAUCCUGGAAGGCCAGCCUUGAAAGUGAAAGCCAAUUGCUUCUUUCAUCUUGGAUGAACACUAGCACAAGUCCUUGCCAUUGGGACUGCAUUCGUUGCGACAACCUUGGACGAGUGACUGAGAUGAAUAUGUCAAAUUAUCUCAUAACGGUACCCUUCACCAUCUAGAUUGAUCAUCAUUCUUCUAUCUCCUCAAAAUAGACUUCUCCGAAAACUCACUCUAUGGUACUCUUCCCACCAAUAUAUUCAAUCUUUCAAAGCUGAGUUACCUUGAUUUUGGGCUUCAACGAUUUUUCUGGAACAAUUCCCCUUGAAAUAAGAUUCUUGAAAGGUAUUAAGUACCUUUUGCUCGAUCAUACUCGUCUUAGUGGUGUUCUGUCCCAGGAAUUUGGAAUGCUAGAGUCUCUUUUUUUGCCCAGAAUACAAGCAACCAAUCUUACUGGCACAAUCCCGGUAUCUAUUGGUAACUUGAGCAGCUUGAGUCUUCUAUACCUUGAUGAAAACAAAUUCUCUGGGCAUAAUAGCGAUGUUGAGUUCCCUAAAAGGUCUCUUUCUGUCAAGAAACACAUUUAUUGGUUCUAUUCCACUUCGUUUGGUAACUUGACCAACUUAGAGUCUCUGUAUCUUCAUACCAACUCACUUUCAGGUCACCUCAAGGCUUGGGUCUCACUGUUUUGUGCCAUUGUGCUUUAACUCAAAUUAAAGAUACCUCAACAUGUGAAUUCAUUAAAUGACCCGUAAUUUUUCGCUCCCAUUUUUGAUUUGGGAUUUGCCUAAGGCGAGUUUUCACAAUGAACCCCGAAGUAUGCUCCAUGCACUUUGAUCGUGAGAGACUAUGAAUUGUGAUAUUCAUUUGUGAUUUCAGCUGUUCAGUUUGAUUAUGUUGUUUAAUGUUCUGCAAUAUGUUGAUGAGUAUUUGAAAUCAUGAUUUAGAUUGAUAUUAAAUAAGUUGGUUACAAUACAGACCGUUGCUUAGUGUUGGGGAGCUUACGCUUCUUACAAGUUAUGGACCUUAGUCACAACAUAUUGAACGGUAAGAUACCGUGGCGACUGGGUCAAUUACAAAGCUUAGAGUUAAUGAAUCUUUCACAUAAUAAGUUGAUUGGUUCGAUCCCAUCAAGUUUCAAUCAGUGUAUUAGCUUGAGUUUCGUUGACAUAUCUAACAAUCAUUUGAUCGGCCAUCUUCCUAACAACUUGCCAUUUCAGAAGGCGUCCCUUGAAGAACUAAGAGACAAUAAAGGCUUGUGUGGCCAUCUCUUUGCUCUUCAUCUAAAAUCACCAACAAAAGAAUAAAUAUCUCAACAAUUAUUUUUAGUCUGGUUGGUGUCAUUCUUUUGAUGGUGAUCAUUUGUCUUCUUUUUGGCAUAUCUCGAAAAAGAAGGAACCAAAUUGAGCAAAGAGAACAAACUAAGGAUCUCUUUUCUGCUUGGAGCUUUGAUAGGAAGAUGACUUAUGAAAACAUCAUCAUAGCGACAGAGGGCUUUAACAGCAAAUAUUGCAUAGGAAAUGGAGGACAGGGAAGUGUCUUCAAGGUUGAGUUACCAAGCGGACAAGUAGUCACAGUAAAGAAAUUUCAUCCAUUACAUAGUGGUGAAUUGAACAGCUUGAAAAUCUUUGAAAAUGAAACAAAAACUUUGUUGAAAAUCCGCCAUCGUAAUAUUGUAAAGCUUUAUGGUUUUUGUUCGCACGAAAGACAUUCUUUCUUGGUUUACGAGUUCUUGGAAGGAGGAAACUUGUCAGAGAGACUGAGGAAUGAUGAAAAAGCGACAGAGUUAGAUUGGAUUAAGAGGGUAAGCAUUGUCAGAGGAGUGGCAUAUGCGUUAUCUUAUAUGCAUCAUGAAUGUUCACCUCCUAUUCUUCACCGAGAUAUAUCAAGUAAGAACGUUUUGUUAGAUCAUGAAGACAGGCCUCAUCUUUCUGAUUUUUGUACUGCAAAACUCUUAAGGCCAAACUCCUCUAAUUGGACUUCUUUUGCUGGAACUUUUGGAUAUGUUGCUCCAGGGGAAUCAUAAUUGUGGAUUGGAGUUAACGUUGAGGACAAUAGCACGAAAAGGAAUUGGUAAAGAGGUGGUGUGGAAAUGAUGUUGUGUGGAAACUUCAAAAGAAGUUGGACCCAACAAUAAUGGAUGUUGCUGAGACACUGAUGGAACUAAAGGAAUUGGUAAAGAGGUGGUGUGGAAAUGAUAUUGUGUGGAAACUUCAAAAGAAGUUGGGCCCAUUUACAAUAAUGCAUGUUGCGGAGACACUGAUGGAGCUAAAGGAAUUGGUAAAGAGGUGGUGUGGAAAUGAUGUUGUGUAAAAACUUCAAAAGAAGUUGGACUCAUUUAUAAUAAUGCAUAUUGCUGAUGGAACUAAUAGAAUUA